CACCCUCUGCUCUUGGCUGGUCCACUUCUCCAUGGUCUAGAGUCUUGUCCUUGGUCUCUGUCAUUGCACCAUCUCUCCCCCCUGCUCCUGGGAACCAGAGCCCUUAGCGUCUGGCUCUCACCAAUUGCCUCUCAGUGCCCUGCUCAAAUUCUCCCUCCCCCUCCCUUCUCCUCCCAAACUUUGGCCGACGGCCGGGCGACACCACGAGUUAUUUCCCUGCUAUUUCCCGGCCUGGAGCUCUUGGCCCUUGAACAACUGGUUUCCCCCUGGAGUCUGGGAGGAGCAGAGCAGAACCGACCAGGAGUGAACCAGGACCAGGGAAACGACGAGGACAAGGGGGUACCUGGGUGGGGUGAAGUGCAGGGCGGGAGCAAAGCCAAAAGGAGGGUCCGAAGUGGCGAGCGUCUCAAAGGAGGCCAUUGAGAGAGCCAGCAGCGCCGAGGAGCUGGGAGUGGCCCUGCCCGACCCACAGACGACGAGAGGACACCGGCGCUCGGGCUCCCGGUGCCGGCAUCAUGAGGCCUCUCCUCGCCCUGUUGCUCCUGAGCCUGGCGUCCGGCUCGCCCCCACUGGAAGAUAACAAGAUCCCCAGCUUGUGCCCGGGCCACCCGGGCCUUCCAGGCACACCGGGUCACCAUGGCAGCCAGGGCCUGCCUGGCCGCGACGGCCGCGAUGGCCGCGACGGCUUGCCCGGGACUCCCGGCGAGAAAGGCGAGGGCGGGAGGCCGGGACUGCCGGGGCCGCGUGGGGAACCCGGGCCGCGAGGAGAGGCGGGACCCAUGGGGGCAACCGGGCCUGCAGGCGAGUGCUCUGUGCCUCCGCGCUCCGCCUUUAGCGCUAAGCGCUCUGAGAGCCGGGUGCCUCCGCCUGCCGAUGCGCCCCUACCCUUUGACCGCGUGCUGGUGAACGAGCAGGGACAUUACGACGCCACCACCGGCAAAUUCACCUGCCAAGUGCCGGGGGUCUACUACUUCGCAGUCCAUGCCACCGUCUACAGGGCCAGUCUGCAGUUCGAUCUGGUCAAGAACGGCGAGUCCAUCGCUUCUUUCUUCCAGUUUUUCGGAGGGUGGCCCAAGCCAGCCUCGCUCUCCGGGGGUGCCAUGGUGAGACUGGAGCCAGAGGACCAGGUGUGGGUGCAGGUGGGCGUGGGUGAUUACAUUGGCAUCUAUGCCAGCAUCAAGACAGACAGCACCUUCUCUGGAUUUCUUGUCUACUCCGACUGGCACAGCUCUCCAGUCUUUGCUUAGUGCCUACUGGAAAGUGAGCUCCCGCUCUCUUGCUUCUACAAGAGAAGGGUGUAACACUGACAGCGGCACAUUCGGGAGGGCUGGCCCCCCCGGAAUAUUGUGAAUGACUAGGGAAGUGGAAUAGAGGCCUCUCCGUCCUGUGGCAAGCAAGAAAUGGAGACCCAGGCUGUCUGAGGUCUGGUGCUGGCAGCAUGGGGCAGUGGCUGGAUUUCUGCCCAACACUAAAGGAAUGUACUGCACUAGCAAAUGUGGGUCCCCCUGGUUGCUCUGGCCCAAGGUGGGGUGUUCUUUUCCUGGUCCUCUGCUACUCUGGAUCCUCCUCCAUCUCUCCUGCUUCAGGGACCAACCCUUUUCUCAGAGAUCAUUUAAUAAAUUUAACAAACCCUC